AUGGCAAUCGAUACCUCUCAGUCCGCCGUCAGUGCGGGCAAGGAGCCCACAUCCAGUGAUGCCUCCGAGCAGCCAGCCGUGUCGCCAGUAUCUGCCAAUGACCUAGAAUCUGGCGAGUUCAGCGCAGCCGACAUUGAACGAGUAUAUAGUAAACUGGAUUGGCGCAUCAUCCCCGCAUUCUGGGUUCUAUACUUCAUGUGCUCUGCGAUUCGGUCGAAUGUAGGCCUAGCACAGACAAUGAAUACAAAAGAAGACCACAAUCUGGGCAAAGUGUUGCAUAUGACUCCACACCAGAUCUCUACUGCUCUGGCUCUAUUCUACGUUUGCUAUGUGGUAUUCGAUCUACCCUCAAACCUGGUAAUGACCCGUUUGAGUCCACAUGUGUGGAUGAGUCGUAUUGUGAUUAGUGUCGGGCUCAUCGGUACCUGCAUGACAGCCAUGAAGGCAGCCUGGAGUUUCUAUCUCCUCCGUCUUUUGCUUGGUAUUGUCGAGGCCGGACUGUGGCCCGGUAUGACCUACUACCUAACCCUCUUCUACCCGCCAUCUCGAAUUGGCAAACGUGUCGGCCAGUACUUUACAGCCGCGCAAGUCUCCGCCGCCGUCGUAGGCCUUGUCUCGGCCGGGUUCCAGGAAAUGGACGGCGAGCGUGGCUACGUGGGCUUCCAGUGGAUGUUCCUGGUCUACGGCGUAAUCACCAUUGCUAUUGGUAUUGUCUUGCUGUGGUGGUUGCCUGACCGUCCCACUCCACCAGGCGAGCCGGUUCCUACGCGUCGGUGGUUCAUGCGCUGGGUUCCGAAUACUAAGCCUGCUUUGAAAGGUCGCGAUGCGCUUGUUCAUUAUCAGGAUAUGAAGCGCGUGUAUCACAGUCCGCCGUGGUCUCUUCGAGACUUGGUUCAUGUGUUCUUGGAUUGGAGGCUGUGGCCGUUGCUGAUUAUGUAUUUCGGUGUUGUCGGUGUUGGUAUCGGUGUGCAGUUGUACGCGAACUUGAUCAUUGAAGCUAUUAAUCCGUCUUUGAGUGGUGUCGACGUGAGCUUGUUGACUGCUCCGAUUUGGAUAAUGGAUCUCAUCGCUAUUGUCAUUGUCGUACCCUUUUCAGAUCGCUUCCACCACCACAGAGCCAUUUUCUUCUCUAUCCCUGUCUUGCUACAGAUCCUGGGCCUGCUCUUAACCAGUUACGCGGGUACGGAUUCUAACCCGUGGCCACGAUAUGGCGGUCUCUUGAUCGUCGGAUUCGGUCUUGGUCCUACUGUUCCUAUCGUCAUGGCAUGGACGACGGAGGUCUUCCAACCGCGCCACGGAGAAGUCGGUGUGGCAGCUGCAGCCGCUGUAGUCUCAGGAUGGGGCAACCUUGGCAGUAUUCUGACAACAUAUGCGCUUUAUUCAGGCUGGGCGAGUGACUAUAAUGCCCCUGGACGGAAAAAGUACCACAAGAGUAACUUGGUCAUGAUUGGCAUACUAAUUGCUAGUAUGCUUGCUGCAGCCUUGAUGGAGACUCUUCUCCGCUUGCUGGAUGAUCGCCAGCGUGGUACCGAAGAUGGUGCUGUCGAUAGUACGACGCCUCGCGAGACGAAGCAGCGUGGGCUUCAGGGACUUGGGUCGAAGGUUCCUGGUUGGCUGAAACGCUUCAGGGCUGGCAAGGAAUGA